UCUGCGGAUUUGGCUGUUAUAUACCAACACCAUUAAAUUCAUAACAUCUUCUCUCUUGUAAUUUCAGCGAAUUUGUUCUUGCAUUGCUGAUCUGAAUUCUGGAUUUUCUAUCUCCCUAUAUUCGAAUCUUGGGCUUGUAAUUUACGGUUGAAAUGUAUGAAGAAGUAGAUCAAAUUGAUCGACCUAAGUGAACCUUUUCAACCAUGUUGAAUCAUUAACAUACUGAAAUAACAGCAGAAAGAUAUGCAAAUUGUAGACAACAUUGACGAGUUUUAGAUGAUAGCAAUUGGUUGCAGCUUGUAGAGGCUGCAUUUAAGCAUGUUGAUUGCUUUCAAGUUGAUGCUUAAUCAUCCUUACAGUGAAAAGUGGGGUUUCCAUGAUACGCUGCAUAGUUUGUUGCACCUAAUCACUAAUGGUAGUCUACAAGCAAGCGAAGAACACUGUCAUAACAGUGUAGAAGCCUCUUUUUGGACCUUGGAAGUCCAUUGACAAAUUGAUCAAUUAUUUGCUACAGUGUCAGUAAUGGAAAAAUAUAAAAGUAUAGAAGAGAUUGGAGAUGGAACUUGUGGAACUGUAUAUAAGGCCAUCAACCUGGAGACAUCUGAAAUUGUUGCAGUUAAGAAGAUGAAGAGAAAGUAUUAUGUUUGGGAAGAAUGUAUGAAUUUGCGGGAAGUUAAGUCCCUCCGAAAAUUGAAUCAUCCUAACAUCAUAAAGCUGAAGGAGGUUGUCAGGGAGAACAAUGAGCUAUUCUUCAUCUUUGAAUACAUGGAACAUAAUCUGUACGACAUAAUGAGAGAACGACAAAGACCUUUCAGUGAGGACGAGAUUAGGGGUCUGAUGACUCAGCUUCUGCAAGGACUUGUACAUAUGCACAGAAGUGAAUAUUUUCAUCGGGACCUAAAACCUGAGAAUUUGCUGGUGACCAACAAUACUAUUAAAAUUGCUGAUUUCGGCCUGGCUAGAGAAGUGUCAUCUGCGCCUCCUUUUACUGAUUAUGUUUCCACUCGCUGGUAUCGAGCACCAGAAGUCCUGUUGCAAUCUUCAUCAUACACUCCUGCUAUAGAUAUGUGGGCAGUCGGUGCAAUACUCGCUGAACUUUUCACUUCGUCCCCGUUGUUUCCUGGUGAAAGUGAAAUAGAUCAGUUGUACAAGAUAUGCUGUGUUCUUGGUACACCAGAUUGGACACUCUUUCGUGAAGCAAGGAAUGUUGUUCGAUUAAUGGAUAUCAGUUAUUCGGAGAUUAUGCCCGCAAAUCUCUCGGACCUGAUACCAAAUGCGAGCUCGGAAGCUAUUAAUUUGAUCAAACAACUAUGUUCGUGGGACCCAUUAAGGAGGCCGACCGCAGAGCAGUGCUUACAACAUCCGUUUUUCUAUGUUAACACAUGGAUUCCUUGUCAACUUGGGGACCCACUUCAGCUGAAGAUGGAAAACACGAGAUCACAGCCAAAUCUUGAGUUGGAUCUCUGGGAUUUCAGCAGUAAAACAGACGAUUGUUUUUUGGGGUUGACUCUGGCAGUGAAUCCUAGUAUUUCCAAUAUCGAAAUGGUCCAUAAGACUAGAAGCACAAGACAGGAUCUUCUCUUCUGCUCGGACUAUGAGGAUGAAGCACAACACUCGGUUUUCUGGUCACUCCUCCCCCCUGAUCACCAUGGUAUUCAAGCGCCGGUGGAAUCUUCGUUGUCAUUAACAUUCAGCAGUACAAUACCUCAUUCAACAAUCGGAGUUCCUCAAUCUGGUGGAUACAGAAUGCCAUCUCUUCAGCCUAAUUUCUUGACAAUGUCCUCCCACUUCCAGCAGCAGGGUCACUGUCGUUAACCGCCAUUUCAGGUACGAUCAACCAAGGAGGAUGGUUCGUAAGACAUUUCUGUGACAUUCUUUUUGUUUAUAAUCAACAUAUAAUCAGACAAACUCUAUGAUACCACAUUGUCCUCAAGAUUUGGAAUUGCAUACUGUAACCAAAAUAUGUAUAAAAUCUUCCCCAACUCAACUAGUAGUUAGUGUUUC